AUGACCUUGCUUAAGAUGCCCUUGCUUAAGAUGCCCUUGCUUAAGAUGGCCUUGCUUAAGAUGGCCUUGCUUAAGAUGGCCUUGCUUAAGAUGCCCUUGCUUAAGAUGCCCUUGCUUAAGAUAGCCCUGCUUAAGAUGGCCUUGCUUAAGAUGGCCUUGCUUAAGAUGCCCUUGCUUAAGAUGGCCUUGCUUAAGAUGGCCUUGCUUAAGAUGGCCUUGCUUAAGAUGGCCUUGCUUAAGAUGCCCUUGCUUAAGAUGGCCUUGCUUAAGAUGGCCCUGCUUAAGAUGGCCUUGCUUAAGAUGGUCAUGCUUAAGAUGGCCUUGCUUAAGAUGGUCAUGCUUAAGAUGGCCUUGCUUAAGAUGGCCUUGCUUAAGAUGGCCUUGCUUAAGAUGCCCUUGCUUAAGAUGCCCUUGCUUAAGAUGGCCUUGCUUAAGAUGGCCUUGCUUAAGAUGGCCCUGCUUAAGAUGACCUUGCUUAAGAUUGGCCUUGCUUAA